CGUCACGUGGUUUCCGAGUCACUAGUUAUCGCAUCCCACCUCCGCAGCCACAGCAGCAUUAGGAGAAAACUGUCCGUUGUCGCUAUUCGAAUCCAGCCCUUUACCUGGGGGUUCAUCGCGGCGAGCGGUUACGGCAAGAUGCUGAGUGCCGCUGCCGCAGAGAGGAACAAGGAGCCCAUUUUAUCUGUGCUGCGUGACUGUGUGAACCGCGAGAGACCCCUGCAAGCUUUAGAGAUCUCGUCGGGCACCGGUCAGCAUGUUACACAUUUCUCUCAAUUCUUCCGGAAUAUAACUUGGCAGCCGUCGGAAUACGACCGCCUUUCGCUGAUGAGUAUAGAAUCAUACAGAAUCAAAUGUGGCCUGUUCAACGUGAAGCCUGCCAUUCACCUGGAUGUCUCUCUGCCUUGUGAGAUGUGGAAAGGGAUCCAGCCGGAAAGCCUAGAUCUAAUAAUCAACAUUAAUAUGAUCCAUAUUUCUCCAAUGGCUUGCACACAGGGUUUAUUCAAAGGGGCAGGGACAGUCCUGAAACCGCAGGGAAUUCUGUUUACAUAUGGACCAUAUUCCGUGGAUGGGUGCAUUACCCCACAAAGCAACGUUGACUUUGAUAUCAGUCUACGACAGAGGAACCCAGAGUGGGGCCUCAGAGAUAUUUCCCUCCUCAGUUCUUUGGCACAGAAAAGUGGCUUAUUCCUUGAGAAAGUGGUGGACAUGCCGGCUAACAACAAGUGUCUGUUGUUCAGGAAGGAGAGUUUGGUGUGAAGUAUCAUGCUGACAUGGGGAGCCUGUUCCAACAACAUUGAGCGGUCAUCUCAUAACAUCACCGAACAAAAACGGCCACAGCACUUCAAUUAAAUCCUUGCAAUCAUAAACGUUGCAAAAAUAUUCCAUGUCUACAAAUUUAUAUUCCCUUGUAUUCACACGACUCUCUGCCAUCAAAUCAUUUUAUCAUUAACUUGUAUUUGCUUAAUCUGAAAUACACUAUAUUGC